UGUUUGCUCCUGGGCUGUAUGAUCUUCCCAGAUGGCUGGGAUGCGGAGGUGGUACGCGACAUGUGUGGCGAAGAGACAGGGAAGUACACGCUGGGAAACUGCUCGGUGCGCUGGGCCUACAUGCUGGCCGUCGUUGGCAUCAUGGACGCCCUCAUCCUCUCCUUCCUGGCCUUCGUUUUGGGCAACCGGCAGAAUGACUUCCAGCUGGAGGAGCAGCUCAAAUUAGAACAGAAAGAUUUUGCAGUGUCCAGGCAUCUCCACCUUGGCUCCACCCUCAAGAUGGACAGAAUUGAAAUCCGGGAGACCAAGGAUCCACGAUAUGGUGUCCAACUGUUCCACUGAGCAUCCCCCCAACAUUCCCCUCCUCUCCUUCCUCUCUUCUGCUCGUCCACCUCAGCUCUUCAGGUCCAACCAUCGGUCUUGAAGUGGAGGCUCCAUCCAGCUGUUUGUAAAAAUAGAAAUGAAGAAAAUAUGUCUGUUUGAAGAGAACUACGAUAAAAAGGAAUAAUAUUAUCAGCUUUAUAAAACUCUGGGAAAAUAAUAAAUGAUAUACAGUAUUAAUUAAUUAUCACAUAAUAUUACUGUAACAAAGGUAGUUAAGUUAUUGAUGAUGAUAAUGCUUGCGGCAGGCGUAUUAUAUGAAAAUCUACAUAUUUUUAUCCAGACAGAUUUUCAUCUUCCCCUCUUUGUAUAUGAAGUCUGGUUCCAAGAAAUACACAAGAAAAGGUGUUUCUAUGGAAACAGGGUAAAAAGACUCAUAGCAAGUAUUAGCCCAUUAUUAUCAUCCCUCCAAACCCUUUGGAAUAGCAACCUCUUUUUGAUCAGCAUCUUGGAAAAAUGUGGAUUAUCGGCAUAAUUUAUUCUCUUCCCUCUGUGUAAUUUCAUCGACCCAACAUCCCAGAACCAACAAAAGUCAUCAGGGGCAAGGACAGUGGUAAUGAUGGACCGAAUUAAUUGACAGGCAUUGAAAAGAAACAAGACCUAACUGCUUUCAGCUCUUUCAUUCUACUGAAUUUCGACCACAUAAUUGUUUUGGGCCCAUUUCUCUUACCGUCAUGUUCCAAUGGUUCUGUUUGUUCGUCCCACCAAAAGACAAAGCCCUGUAUGCUGCAUCUAACUCAGGCUUGCAAAAACGGCUUACAGUACUCUUAUGGUCUGGAGGCAACAAGCUCCAUGCCUUAGACACAACAAGCUCCAUGACCUAGACACAACAAGCUCCAUGACCUAGACACAACAAGCUCCAUGACCUAUACACAAGAAGCUCCAUGACCUAGACACAACAAGCUCCAUGACCUAGACACAACAAGCUCCAUGACCUAGACACAACAAGCUCCAUACCUUAGACACAACAAGCUCCAUGCCCUAGACACAACAAGCUCCAUGACCUAGACACAACAAGCUCCAUACCUUAGACACAACAAGCUCCAUGCCCUAGACACAACAAGCUCCAUGACCUAGACACAACAAGCUCUAUACCUUAGACACAACAAGCUCCAUGACCUAGACACAACAAGCUCCAUGACCUAGACACAACAAGCUCCAUACCUUAGACACAACAAGCUCCAUGCCCUAGACACAACAAGCUCCAUGACCUAGACACAACAAGCUCCAUACCUUAGACACAACAAGCUCCAUGCCCUAGACACAACAAGCUCCAUGACCUAGACACAACAAGCUCCGUGACCUAGACACAACAAGCUCCAUACCUUAGACACAACAAGGUCCAUGACCUAGACACCACAAGCUCCAUACCUUAGACACAACAAGCUCCAUGCCCUAGACACAACAAGCUCCAUACCUUAGACACAACAAGCUCCAUGACCUAGACACAACAAGCUCCAUGACCUAGACACAACAAGCUCCAUACCUUAGACACAACAAGCUCCAUGACCUAGACACAACAAGCUCCAUGACCUAGACACAACAAGCUCCAUACCUUAGACACAACAAGCUCCAUAGCAGUGUGGCCGCCACUGAAAAAAAUAGGUAAAAUAAGACUGAAUUAUGUUUUAUUUAAAAAUAUAUAAUUUUCAGGAUGGUAAAAAGUUCUCAGCGUAAAUUUAAAUGACUAAAAGCAGAUAUAACAGAUGUAGAAAAGAUAAUGGAGAAUAUAUUUUUUAAAUUAUCUAUGAGAACUAACAAUCACCUAAAUAAAAACUAUGGCGUGGGGCCACAUUGAUUUUGUUUGAGUCACUCAGAUAGCAUAAAAACACAGCAUAAUCCAUGGGAAAAUGUGUAGAACUACAUGAAAUUAGCUUUAAAACAGCAAAUUUCCUCUCAGCCCCAUGACAAAAUGUGUAUAAUAGCAUGAAAUCAGCUAUAAAACAGCAAAAGAGGCCCUCCUUUUAGAGGCCCUCCUAUUGUCUCUGCAGCCAAGAGGAGGGCCUCUAAAACCGUGCCAUUGUCUACACCCACAUUAGGUCAUGUUAGUAUUGUGGAUGCAGAUCUGAGUAUUCUCUCAGGGAGAUAAUUAAGAAUAUAUUCAUACUAUUCAACCUGUGUAGACUAGAGUAAAGUAGAGAAGAGUGUAUGUUAGUUGCUGAUACCUCAGAUGCCCAGAAAUUUUGCCCCACACUUUUCACAGAUCUUCUUACUGUAAGGCUGAGCUGCAGUCAUAGGACAUACAGACAGUUGUAGGUCCUCCCUGAAUUCUAAUCUUAAUUCUGCACCAACAUCGCACACGGUGGUUGAUUGACUCCAUUUUUGACCAAUGAGAGCUCACCAUUUUGGGAUAAUAGAUCCCAUUUUCCGAUCCCAGAUCCCAUUUUUGGAUCUCCGAUCAAAUAAAUCCUGGAUAUCCCAGGGUUGUUCUCAAAUGGCGAUGUAGAUUAAGUUUCUUGACAUGUCUUGGAGAAGUCAGUGCUGCAACAAUAGAGGUCAUGUUGGAUGUGGAGGGAAUCAAAGCAAUCUCUUUAGGUGGUCGACAGACUCCUCCGUGGUGCUUUCCCAUCCCUGCUUUCCCAAUCCCCCCCAUCUUUGAUCUUUGAACCUCCAAUAUAGAUGAGGAGAUGUAAGUGCUCCUCUUUUUUUGAGAUGUGGCAAAUAACAAAGGAGGGUGAGCUUAUGAAGAUCAACAAAGGGAGGAGGAGGAACCCAGUAAAUUGGCAGCAAAGCCUGACAAACAAACACAGUCAACGUCCUACUGUAGACGUCAGUCAGAGGCAGGUACCCUUUCUUCAUCCUCUCCUCUCUCCAUCCCUCCUUCCUUCGGCUCCCGUGGAUCAGCCGUUCUAAAAUGAGAACUUGUAAAUGCAAAAAUCUAUGUUUGCUUGGUAGCAUUUGAAUGAGGAUCAUAGUGUUUUGGCCAAGGCCAUUUUCAGACCAACUGUUUCUGUUUAGCGAGACUCGUUUGAAGGAAAGUGUGUCCUCAGGCCCUGUCCUCAGGCCCUUUAGUCCCCAUGCCCCUCAGGUGGAUAACGACUGGUGUGACAACUGACCACAGACGGAUAAGAAUGGGACAGAUAGAACAAAAAUAUAUAAUUUGGUUUGCUUAGUAUUCAUUUCCUUUCACCUGUUUUCUACAUGUCUGUACUCUUUUCUGAUUAUGUUUAUAAAGACAAUAUGACGAGGACUGAGUUGACCCCCAACUAUAGUGUUACGAGGUUGUGCAUAUCAACACCUGUCCAUCAAAUGACCUCUGGUCUAUAGGCACUGAUGGAACAAGAGCCCAAGUUGACGCAGGUGUACCUCAUGGUCGAGUACUUGGACCCUUACAAAUAUUUGGAGAUUUAUAUUUUGCAGAGAGACCUGUGUUUUGUGCAGUAGGGGUGACCUCACUAGGCUGUUUUGUUUUGAAUAGUGGCAUGUGGCACACCUUUCAUUGAAUGUUUCAUUGGGCUAGUCUCCUGUAAACCACUCCCGUGACCCAUUGGCCUGACUGCCCAGUGUGGGGGAAGAGCUGCAGGAAUGACAACAUCCCGAAGGUUUCUUCAGGACAGAGCUUCCAAAUGGUCACUGUGUUCCCUAUGUAGUGCACUACUUUUGACUCAGUGUUCCCUAUCUAGUGCACUACUUUUAGUUCCAUGUUCCCU